AUGCCCCCUUUCAAUGCAGUGACCAGCGUACAUGCCCCUUACAAUGUAGUGACCAGCAUACAUGCCCCUUACAAUGUAGUGACCACCAUACAUGCAGUGUGUGGGCCGGGCUCCCCCCUGAGGCAUCACUUCACUUCCAUGCCCCCUGAAUAUGCAGAGACCACCAUACAUGCCCCCUUCAAUGCAGUGUGUGGGCUGGGCUCCCCCCCCGAGGCAUCACUUCACUUACCUCACACUGGUGCCUGGCACGCUGCUGCUGACGGGAGUCUGGACGGACGUCACCUUCCUCCUCGCAGUCGUAGACCUGCAUGCGCGCCGCUGCCCUCCGAUCUGACAGCGGGUGGAAAGGUGACGUCGGGACGGUGCGUGACUAACGCACGCACCGCUCCCAUGCGAAGUCACAGCCAGUACAGCACCCGCCACAGUGGGGAGUGUCGAGGCGCACAAUGCGCCUCCUCCCCUCGCUAG